CUUUAUACAACGUGUCACAUUAUCAACCAAUCCCCUUCCACGCCCUGUCAAGUACUGUGACGACACAAGCACAUGAUCCUUUCCAUGCAUCAUUCCCAGGCCACUGCCACUGCCGCUGCCGCUGCCGCUGCCGCUGCCGCUGCCGCUGCCGCAAAGAUUUUGAGAGCCAGAAGCCCAAAAUCAGCCAAGACUCUUCUGCAUGGCUGCCGCCGCCGGGGGGCGGUGGUUGACAUGGGUGAAAGACCCAGCUGAGGCAGUUAAAUUCUCUAUUUCAGCAUUGCCCACUUCAAGUACCAAACAAUCCGCUCACCAUUCUCAUCAUCAAGCACAGAGACAUCAGCUGUGUUCAUUAUCAAUGAAUGGAUCCCAAAUAGGCGAAGAACAAGAGGGAAGAGGAAGAGCCCCAGUGGGCACCAUUCAAACUCGAACAUUCCCAGCCGUCCCUACUCCGGCAUUGGCCAUGCACAGCCUCUUUUCCGCCAUCUCUGAGCUGAAGUCCGCCCUCCCCCCUCCUUAUCCCUCCGGCAUUAUCCGCCUCCAGGUCCCAAUCCAACAACAAAUUGAAGCGAUUGAUUGGCUUCGCGCCCAACAAGAUCAGAUUCUUCCUCGCUGUUUCUUCUCCGGUAGAAAUCCUAGUGCAAGUUCUGAUCUAUUACUCAUCGACUCCAAUGGAAAUUCCCAAAAUUCAGCGAGCCGUAGUUUGGUCAGUGUUGCCGGCGUUGGCUCUGCAGUCUUCUUCCGGCAAUUCCAUCCGUUCUCCUCCUACGAUUGGAGGUCGAUCAAGAGGUUCUUGUCUAAGAAGUGCCCUUUGAUUCGUGCAUAUGGGGCUAUUCGUUUUGAUGCGAGGGCUAGCAUUUCAUCUGAAUGGGAGGCGUUUGGCUCAUUUUUCUUCAUGAUUCCUCAGACUCUGUAUAACAAGGUUGAGUUUGAUGAGCUUGAAGGAAGUUCAAUACUUGCUUCAACUGUUGCAUGGGACAAUGCUUUUUCAUGGACUUGGGGGAUGGCAAUUGAUGCACUUCAAGCUACAUUGCAUCAGGUUUCUUGUGUUGUUCUAAAGUUGCAGAAAGAAGUUCCUAAGACAUUCAUUCUCAGCAAUAAUCACGUUCCUAAUAGGACAUCAUGGGAUCUAUCUGUUAAAAGAGCUUUGCACCUAAUAAAUAGAAGCAACUCAUCCCUUCUCAAGGUUGUUCUUGCUCGUAGCAGCAGAUUUGUGACUGCUACUGAUAUAGACCCUAUAACAUGGUUAGCUUGUUUACAGGUUGAAGGAGAAAAUGCAUACCAAUUCUGUAUUCAGCCAUCUGAUGCAGCAGCUUUUAUUGGAAAUACGCCAGAACAACUGUUUCAUCGGAAAUCUCUAACCAUCUUUAGUGAGGCAUUGGCUGGAACUCGUGCUCGAGGUGGAUCAAAUGAUUUAGAUCUUCAAAUAGAACACGACUUACUUUCCAGUCCUAAGGACCACCUUGAGUUUACUAUAGUACGAGAAAGCAUAAAAAGGAAAGUGGAGGCUAUGUGUAACUGGGUAUUGGUUGAACCAAAGAAAGCAAUUCGGAAACUCCCUAGGGUCCAACAUCUACAUGCCCGACUGACAGGCAUGUUGAGAAGUGAAGAUGACGAGUUUGGCAUCUUAUCCUCUCUUCACCCAAGUCCAGCAGUUUGUGGAUUUCCUACAGAAGAAGCACGGCUUCUUAUUGAAGAAACUGAGAUGUUUGACCGGGGAAUGUAUGCUGGACCUGUUGGCUGGUUUGGAGGAAGAGAGACUGAAUUUGCUGUUGGGAUCAGGUCAGCCUUGGUAGAAAAGGGUAUUGGUGCAUUAAUUUAUGCUGGAACUGGGAUAGUGGAAGGAAGCAAUGCAUCUCUAGAGUGGGAGGAGCUGGAGCUGAAGACAUCUCAGUUCACCAAAUUGAUUAACUUGAGAUGCCUUUCUGUAGAGAGCAAGAAAUAAUAAUGUGGGGACUAUCGAUCAAAAGAUGUCCUGAAGAGAUCAAUGUCUCGGAAUUUGUUAAAUUGAAGAUUAUUUCAGCCAAAUGAUUCAUUUUUGGUUUUGAUGGUGUUGUCUUGAACUUCGGCACCUUCUUUUCAGCCUUGCUAUGAAGCAUAGAGCUCAUUAUCAUACAUGUUUUGAGUGAAUGAAUUGCCAAGAUUUUUUAUUGUUUUUGGCUGGUUUGGACCAUUUUUUUGUAAUCAUAAUUGCCCUAUGUAAAAUCAUGCGUUGUUUUUAGUUUUGUAAUUUGCCUUGUGUACACCCAACACGGGAUCUUUGGUAGAAAGGUUGAACAGUUAAUGGAAGUUUUUGCUUUUCCUUUUUCA